AUGUUUCCAAAAGCAGAUUGGGCAAACUUCGUCGACGAACAAGAAAAGUUAGUUGCAAAUAAGCUCUCCAACGUAGAAAUAACGAAAACGAACGAACUCCCUAAAAGUGAUGUCUCUUCUGACGAAACCGACCAACCUAGCCUUGCUGAUUCUAGUUUUUUGCAAAAAUUAAUUCGAAAAGGUUUGGUGGACAAUAAAAAUGAUUUGGAGAUACAACGGCAAGACCCCAAUUCGCCUCUGUUUUCAGUUAAAACUUUUGAAGCAUUAGAAUUGAAACCCAACUUAUUAAAAGGAGUUUAUGAAAUGGGGUUUAAUGCUCCCUCGAAGAUUCAAGAAACUGCUUUACCUACAUUACUUACAGAUCCCCCACAAAAUCUUAUAGCGCAAUCACAAUCAGGCACAGGAAAAACAGCAGCUUUCGUUUUAGCAAUGUUAAGUCGUGUUAAUCCUGAUCUCAGAUAUCCUCAAGUGUUGUGUUUAUCACCUACUUAUGAACUAGCGGUUCAAACAGGUGAAGUUGCUGCCCAUAUGGUUAAAUAUUGUCCAGAAAUUGAAUUAAAAUCUGCUGUGAGAGGAGAAGAAGUGCCUAGGGGAUCAAAAUUAACAGAACAAGUUGUUAUUGGUACUCCUGGAAAAGUAUUAGAUUGGGCUUUGAAGUUUCGCGUUUUCGAUUUGAGUAAAAUCACCGUUUUUGUGUUAGAUGAAGCCGAUGUUAUGAUUGAUACUCAAGGUCAUCAAGAUCAAUGCAUCCGAAUUCAUAAAUGUUUAAGUCAAACAUGUCAAAUGAUGUUUUUCUCUGCAACAUACAAUCAGAAAAUUAUGGAUUUUGCAGAAAUAAUUGUUAAAAAUCCAAUAAUAAUUCGGUUAAAACGCGAAGAAGAAAGUUUAGAUAAUAUUAAACAAUAUUAUGUUAAAUGCGCAAGUCAACAAGAAAAAUAUAACGCAGUUACAAACAUUUAUGGGACAGUUGGAGUUGGUCAGGCGAUUAUUUUUUGCCAUACAAGAAGAACUGCGAAUUGGUUAGCUGAAAAAAUGUCUAAAGAUGGUCACGCAGUGGCUAUUUUAACUGGAGAAUUGAGCGUAGAGCAACGAAUACACGUUUUAGAUCGAUUCAGAAACGGUACAGAAAAAGUUUUGAUAACAACGAACGUUUUGUCGAGAGGAAUAGAUGUUGAACAAGUUACCAUUGUUGUUAAUUUUGAUUUGCCUCUUGAUGGAAAUGGGCAACCCGAUUGUGAAACUUAUUUACAUAGAAUUGGUCGUACAGGAAGAUUUGGUAAACACGGUAUCGCGAUAAAUUUGGUUGAUUCUUCUGAGGCUAUGGAAAUAUGUCAAACUUUCGAAAAACAUUUUGGUCGAAAAAUAAAAUAUUUAAACGCUGAUGAUUCCGAUGAAAUUGAAAAAAUAGGCGCAUAAAAGA